AUGUACAACUCGCUCCUCUCACCCUGGACCUCGUCCAGCGCGGUCUUGGCAUUGCUUCACUAUAGCUAUGCUGUGCACGCUCUGGACGAAGCAUUCGACCCUCUAGUCUAUGUAGAUCCAUUGAUUGGAACCGCAAACUAUGGCAACGUCUUCCCUGGUGCUACCUUGCCGUACGGAAUUGCCAAGGCUGUGGCCGACACGAAUAGCGACUCUCGACAAGGAGGCUUCACUCUAGACGGCAGUCCUAUCUCUGGGUUCUCCGUUCUUCACGAUUCCGGUACCGGUGGCUCGCCUAGUUUGGGAAACUUUCCCCUAUUUCCCUACGCAGAAUGUCCCGGUAAUGACAUCGAUGGUUGCAGUUUUCCAAAGAAGGAGAGAGUUCGAUAUGGGUCUUUUGACAAUUCGAGUGUGAUCUCGCGCCCAGGUUACUUUAGCAUCACCUUGAACAAUGGGAUUGAAGCUGAAAUGACUGCGACACAUAGCGCCGCUCUUUUCCGUUUUACUUUUCCAGGGUCCUCCAAUGAUAAUGGCUCAUACCCACUGAUUCUUCAAGACUUGACCGAUCUUUCCGACUCUCGCCAAGAUAAUGGAACAGUGUCUGUCGACGCCGAGAUUGGUAGAAUCUCAGGAAGUGCCGUCUUCAAGCCGAGUUUCGGCCUGGGCACUUAUUCUGCCUACUUUUGUACAGAUUUCACCGGUUCUUCUAUCCAUGAUAGUGGCAUUUUCGUCAAUAGUCGCGCAACCACGGAAGCACAGGAUUUGAAAAUCAAGGCCGGUAUUAAUGGCUACCCACUUCCAGGAGGUGCCUUUGUCAGGUUCGAGACUGCAGACACCCCAAUAUUAGCGAGAGUCGGAGUCAGCUUCAUCAGCGUCGCCAAAGCAUGUUCCAAUGCGGAAACCGAGAUACCAGAAUUCGAUUUCGACAGUGUAUCCACGGCGGCAUCAAAUGCUUGGAAGGACAAACUUAGCCCGAUCACUGUUUCAACCGGGGGUGGCAUUGAUGAAUCGCUGGUAACUAGCUUUUACAGCGGCAUGUAUAGAACCAUGGUUAAUCCACAAAACUACACUGGAGAGAAUCCAUUAUGGAAUCAUGGCGAGCCUUACUUUGAUUCAUUCUACUGCUUGUGGGACAGCUUUAGAUCUCAGCUCCCUUUCUUGACAAUAUUGGAUCCUGCAUCGGUGUCGCAGAUGAUUCGAUCGCUAAUAGAUACUUAUCGCGUCGAAGGUUGGCUACCUGAUUGCCACAUGAGUUUCUGCAAUGGAUAUACACAGGGUGGAUCAAAUGCCGAUGUUGUUCUUGCUGAUGCCUUUAUCAAAGGCCUUAAUGACAAAAUUGAUUGGGCAACUGGCUACGAUGCUCUUGUCAAAGACGCUGAAGUUGAGCCCUUUGCUUGGGAUCUCCAUGGGCGUGGUGGCUUGGAUAGCUGGAAAGAAUUGGGAUACAUUCCGGUACAAGACCUUGAUUACAAAGGGUUCGGCACAAUGACGCGGAGUAUCUCUCGAACGUUGUGGUAUGUUGAUAUGCGCCAAACAUGCAAAAUGAAUCCUGAAACAGUCGCUGACUACAUUGCAGAAGAGUAUAGUUACAACGACUACUGCGUAGCACAGGUAGCAAACGGACUGAACAAGAGCUCCGAUGCAUCAAAGUACUUGGCGUCGAGCGGCAACUGGAAGAAUCUCUAUAACCCCACGACACCAUCCCUACUGUUUACUGGAGAAGAUACUGGUUUUGUCGGAUUCUUUCAGCCAAAGUAUCUUAACCAGACUUGGGCAGACCAGAAUCCUCUAUUCUGCAGCAAUAUCGAUACGGAACCUCAUACAUUCGGGUGCAGUCUCCAAAACACCGCUCUGGAGACUUUUGAAAGCAGCAUCUGGGAAUAUGGAUUCUUUGUACCUCACGAUCAAGCAGAUCUCAUGUCACUAUAUGGCGGUCCCGCAGAAUUCGUUAGGCGUCUCAACUAUCUCCAUGACCAGAACAUCACCGGAAUCGGCAAUGAGCCAUCAUUUCUCACAGUGUAUCAGUAUCACUAUGCCGGUAGGCCUGCACUUUCUGCGCUGAGGUCACACUUUUACAUACCGCGAUACUUCAACACUGAGCCUGGUGGUCUGCCUGGCAACGACGACAGCGGCGCAAUGGGCUCAUUCUUGGCAUUUUCCAUGAUGGGUCUUUUUCCCAACCCCGGUCAAAAUGUUUACCUCAUCACACCGCCAUAUUUUGAGUCAGUCAGCAUCAAACAUCCAAUUACGGGCAAGACAGCAUCAAUCACAAACGUCAACUUUGACCCCAGCUAUGAGGCAAUCUAUAUCCAAUCCGCUACUCUUGACGGGGAGCCAUAUACCAAGAACUGGCUCGACCACAGCUUUUUCACCGAGGGAAAAGAACUCGUCCUCACUCUAGGAAGGAAUGAGAGCUCAUGGGGACAGGGAGUGAAAGAUCUGCCGCCAAGCUUGAGCGACUAUACCGGCUUCAACGGGACCUAUUCAGCAAAGCCUCGCAGCCUAAAGUCUCGGUACCUCCGGGAUUCGGCCUUCAACUUUAAUGUCAAUGGCCAAAUGUGA